AUGUUUGUGAAAGAAUUAUUACAAAUAUAAGAAUAUGUAGAACAAAAAAAGUCUAGCGGUAAACAAGUAUCCUUAAAGCCUCUUAUUGAUAUUUGUGUCCAUAAAUAUUAAAAAGAAGAAGUUUAAGAAGCAUUAAACUAAGCAUUGACAAAUGAACUUAAGUCUGAAUGGAUAUCUUAACAAAAUAUAGAUAUCUUGAUCUUAUGUUAUAAAAGAUUAAGAUGUGAUGUAUCUAUGGAAAUAAUUGAAAAAACAUUUGAAAUUUCAAUUGAUAAUUUACAAAGUAAUUACAUCAUUAAUUUAUAGCCACAAAAAGAAUAUUAUCCAUUUGCACUGAGGAACAAUUAAGAAAUCUAUGUUCUAAAUAUAUUUCAACAUAAGGAUAUGUAAAUAAAAUAGUUAAACCUAUUUAUGAAAGUCUUAUGAAUGUAAAUGAUCAAACAAUGAUCAUAGUUGAUAAAGUCAAGAAAUUAUAUAAGAACUUAUUUUCUUUAUUAAAGGUUCAAAAGUAGUGGGUUUUAGAGAGAGCUAUGGAAUUUGUGUUAUUUUCAGAGGAUAUUUAUACAGAAAAAAGUUAAAAAUUUGUUGCUUAAUAAUUUUAAGAGAUUAGAUCAAUUAUUUAUGCAUUUAUUAUAAAUGAUGAUGAAAUUAGAUUAAAUUUUGUUAAGUAUUUACCUUAGAUCUUUUAAUAACACAACCCAAAGAAUGAAGAUUUCAAAUUGCAUUGUAGUGAAUUAAUAAAAAUAGCUUUAUUUAGUAAAAGUGUUAAGUAAUUAAUAACAUAUGAAUAAUUUUGGUAAGCUUUACAUGAUUCAUAUUAAGUUUAUUCUGAUUUAACAAAUAAUAAAAUAUGUGUUGCCAUUUUAAAUGAAGUUUUAUUACAUAUUGAUGAUGAGAAAAUAUAAUAACAUUUUAAAUUAUUUACAGAUUUAUUUAUUACAUUAGACAGUUUUGGUACUCAUUUAACAAAAGAUGUUUGGGUUAAAAUGGAUCCAUUUACACAAAAAUAAUAAUUUAAAAUAGAUAAUGAAUUGAAAAGAUAAUUAUUCUAAAGCAUUAAACCUUUAUUUAUACUUAUUAAUAAAGCAGCAUAACAUUCAAAUGAAAAAACAAUCAAAAAUUGUAUUAAAUCUUUAUUCAAAAAAUAAAUCGAUGUUAAUUAUUUAAAACCAUUAAUAAUUGAAAUAAUCAUACCAGUUUUGAAUAAGCCAGUAUUUUAUCUUGAUACUCCUUUGGAAGGAGAUUCCAAAUUUUAUGAGCUUCUUAAAUAGUUCUUGGUAAAGAUUCCUUAUAUAGAUGAUAUAAUUAUAUAAAUGGUUUAACAUAUAUAAUAUCCAUUGGCAGUUGGAGCUUUCAGUGUAUCAUUAAAAGAUAUAAAAGUAGAGAUUACAUAGUUUUCAUUACUAAUCUAAUUUAUUGAAUAAAAUUUAAUGAGAUUAAAUCUAAGAAAAAGAAUACAAUUGUUAUAAGCUGUGCUUAAUUUAUAUAAGUAAAAUACUAGUCCUGAACAAUUAUUUUAACUUAUCAAAGUAAUUCCUUUUGAUUGUCUUUUUUUAAACAACAUAGGAGAACUAUUAAAAUCCUUAAUAAAUGAAGAUUUUUUAUUGUAUGCAUAAUAAUAAUAAUAAAAAUUUGAUAUAAAUUCAAAUUAUCAUUAAUUUGCUGUUAUAUAUCACUUAACAUAAGAUCAUAAAUUAUUCAUGAAUUUUUAUGAACCUAUAAUUUCUCAAUUAUAAUAAAUAUAUACUAGUACGUAUACCCAAAAAGAAACAAAACAUAAAAUCUUAGAAUAAUUAACAUAUUUAUUAAAAACAUCUAAUCAAGUUUAAUUUUUAGAACAAAUAAGCUCUGGGUUAUUUGCUUAUUUAACUUUAGAUUUGGAGGGUGCUAUGAUUGUUACUGAAGAACUAUGGAUAUCUUCAUUAUAACAUUUUGAAUUGGUUCCAUAAUUGACUUAAUAGAUGAGUAAAUUUGUUGGGUUUUUGUUCUAAUAAUAAUUUGAUAAUUUUAAUAUUAUUCAUUUAGAAUUGUUAAUCAAAACUUUAAAAGCUACAAAUAUUUCAUUGUAAUAAGCAAAGAGAAAUAAAACUGGAUUAUUUGUUGAAGAACUAUUUCUAAAAUAUGGUUUAUAAUUAUUAAACAAAUUAUAAACAAUUGAAUAAGACAGAUAAUUAAAAAAUUUAACAUUACAUUAUUUAAGUCAUAUUUUAACCUUAUUCAGAGAAGUAAAUCAUAAACCAUAAGAGUAUCAUACAUAAGUGUAAAAUUUAAUUAAUAAUAUAAUUGAUAUUACAGAUUAAUUUAAUGCUUAUGAUUCAAUAAUUUUGUAUUAAUUAUUAAGAUCAGUAUAUGGACCUGAAAUAGCAUUCAAUAAAGAAUAAAGUGAGCAAUUUAAGAAAGUUGCAAUUAACUCUUUUCAACAAAUGAUGUAUAUAUUUGGAACUCAUACUAAUUUAGAUGAAAUAUUAGCAUACAUAGAUUUUAUUAUUGAUCCAUGUUAUUUUGAAGGAGAAUUAUAUGAGGCAGUUGAAGAGGUUAUUAGAGUAAUAAUGAAAUAGCACUAAAAAUAAUGGGUUAUACAAAGGAAGAUUGCUAACAAUUUAGUCAUAUGUUUACAUAAAUAUCCUAAUAGAUUACCAACAUUUUACUAUAUAUUAUUUAAGUUAAUAAAAGGAAGUGAAUUGAGAGGGUAUGAUUCUUCUGAAAUUUUGUAAUCAUCAGAGUAAUAUGUACCAUUAGCAAAUAAUGUUAAGCAUUUGAUUUCAUGUAAAGGAGAAUUUUAUGGAGCAUAUCCAAGAUUCUUAAUCUUUAAUUUCUUGUUUGAAUUGGGAAAAUAAGGAGGAUAUGAAAAAGAGUUAUUAUAUUAUAUUAAAUUCUUAAUAGAAGUAUCAAUUAAGGAUAAAUAUAAAAAUGCAUAUAUGCAAUACACAAAAUAAUUUAGAAUGAAAUUACAUGUAUGGUAAAAUAUAUGUUGUUUAAAAUAUUUAUUAAAGCCAGAAAAUUAUUAAAAAGUAUUUGGUGAUGAAAAGAAAUAUUUAAUAGAAUUAGAAUAAUUAAUAUGGAAAGCAUUUGAUACUUUAAAUAAUCCUUAAUAUAGAUAAUAUAUUGAAUUAAUGAUGAGUUUUUUGAUAAAUAAUUAUCCUGAUAUUUGGGCUCCAAGAUUGCUUUAAACUUUUAGUGAUCCAAAAUUAAAAGUAAAUAUCUAAAUCCCAACUACAUUUAUAUCUUGUAUUUUCUUAUUACAUAAUUAAUAAACUAAAUUUUCAUAGAAAUUCUUUGAUAAACUAUUUCCUUUAGUUAGUUCAAAUGUAGCUUAUAUUAGAUCUCUUUGUCAAACUACAUGUUUAUAAUAUAUAAAGAAAUAAAAAUUGGAAUAUAAAGACUUCAUUGAAUAUUUUGAAAGUAAUAGAGAAUGUUAGAAGAUCAUAAAGAAUAUUAGUGCUUUAAUUGAAAGAUAUGAAAAAUUGAUGUUAUCAUUUGAUUUGGAUGGUAUAUUAACAAUAUAAUUUGAUACAUUUGGUGAGAUUAUUCAUCCAUCUAUAAUUGAAAUACUUAAGAAUACAUGUACUUAAUCUAUUGCUGAACUUAAAAGUGAAGACAAUAUGAGUGAGAAUCCUCCACCUCCUUGGUUCUAAUAUGUUGAAAGAUAAUAAUUAAGUACAUAAUAUUCGUAAUAGUUAAAUUUCUAAAGGAAAAUCAAUUUGAUAAUGGAUUAAUUUGAUUUAUUUAAGGCAUAUUAACCAAGAUAAAUUGUAGGGGAUAUUAUUGUUGUAGCAACCUUAUUAGAAAAAAUACCUAAUUUUGGUCAUCUUACUAGAACUUGUGAAAUAUUUGGAUGCAGAGAAUUGGUUUUACCUAACAAAAAAAUCUUAUAAGAUGAAUAAUAUUAAGCAGUAAGUGUUAGUGCUGAAUAACAUUUACCCAUUUUAGAAAUUAAAGAAGAGCAUUUAAUGAAUUAUUUGUAAUUAAAAAGAUUAUAGGGCUAUUAAUUAGUAGCAUUAGAAUAAACAAGUUAAAGUAAAUCAAUUGUGAAUUUUAAGUUUGACAAGAAGACUGUUUUAGUUUUGGGUAAAGAAAAGACUGGAUUACCUAUUGAAUAUAUAGAAUUAAUGGAUAAUUGUGUUGAGAUUCCAUAAUAUGGUGUUAUUCGAUCUUUAAAUGUACAUAUAUCAGCUGUCAUUUGUGUUUGGCAAUAUAUCUAAUAAUGGUGUUGA